AUGGAGCUAUCAAGAAAGCAUUUGGAAGCGUCCAGCUCUUAUUUCCUUGUUUACAUUGAACUUAUAGUUCUUCUCUCAUGCCUCCACUUGCAGGGUCUUAACAUGUUUGGUUUAGCAAAAGCAGCCCUUGCAGUUAGAGGAAAUGACACUGAUCAGCAAGCUCUACUCCAGUUCAAAGCCAGGAUAACUGGCGAUGAGCUCAGGGUUAUGGAGUCGUGGAAUAGUUCUAUUCAUUUCUGUCAAUGGCAUGGUGUUACAUGCGGUCGUAAGCAUCAAAGAGUCACCAAGUUGGAACUACAAUACCUCAAACUCUCGGGAGCUUUAUCACCAUUCAUUGGAAAUUUGAGCUUUCUCAAGGAGUUGAAUCUUGUGGGCAACAACUUCUACAACCAGAUUCCUCAAGAAAUUGGUUAUUUAAGAAGAUUGGAAACAUUAGAGCUGAUCAAUAAUUCCAUCAGCGGUGAAAUUCCUUCCAAUUUAUCAGCUUGUUCUAAGCUCGCAAUUGUUGAUAUGAGAGGCAACCGGAUAACAGGAGAAAUACCUGCUUCGCUUGGUCUCUUGUCAAACUUGAAACUCUUGAGAUUUAGCAACAACAGCUUGAGAGGGAGCAUACCGCCUUCAUUGGGGAACUUGUCAUCCCUUCAGGUAUUUGCUUUUGCUAUAAAUGGAUUAACUGGGAUUAUACCUGAAGUUUUGGGGCAACUAACCAAUCUUUCAUUUUUUACAAUAUCAUCAAAUGCAAUUUCUGGUAUUGUUCCUUUGGCAAUGUUCAAUCUCUCCAAUAUUAGAGUCUUUGAUAUUGGUCUAAACAAAAUUCAAUGUACUCUUCAUUCUGACUUAGCAAUCAAUAUGCCUUAUGUUGAUUUCUUUACCAUAGGGUUAAACCAAAUCUCUGGACAAAUCCCUGUUUCAUUAUCCAAUUGCUCCAAUCUAAAUAUACUUCAGUUUAAUGAUAACAGACUUAGUGGGAACGUGCCUUCAUUAGAAAGGUUGGAUAAACUGUAUAAACUUUACAUGGGCACAAACCAUUUGGGGCAUGGGAGAGAAGGUGACUUGAACUUCCUCUGCACUUUAGUCAAUAAUACCGAACUAGGAAUUGUAUAUAUAAGUAGAAAUAAUUUUGGAGGGGCAUUUCCUGAAUGCAUUGGCAAUUUUUCUCGUACGCUUCUGCAUUUAAGAAUGGAACAAAACAAAAUAUGGGGAAGAAUCCCUGAUGGGAUUAGAAAUCUCAUUAAUUUGGAGUGGCUAGAAACAUCACAAAAUCAACUAUCAGGUCCCAUUCCCUUUGAUAUCGGGAGGCUGCAGAAGCUAAAGAUUUUUCUUGCUGAUGGUAAUUUUCUCUCUGGGACUAUUCCCCAUUGUAUUGGUAAUUUAACAACGUUAACCGAACUUGCUUUAGAUGUUAACAAUCUUCAUGGCAACAUUCCUUCAAGCCUAGCUAAUUGCCAAAAUUUGGUUUCUUUGGGUCUUUCUUACAACAAUCUUAGUGGAUCAAUACCCGAUAAAGUACUUGGGAUCUCAUCCUUGUCCAUUACACUAGACUUAUCAGCAAACUAUUUAACUGGUAACCUUCCUGUUGGAGUAGAAAAACUGCAAAAUCUAGGUGAAUUCCAUGUUUCUAAAAAUAGGUUAUCUGGUUCACUUCCAAACAGCCUUGGUAGCUGUUUAAGACUGGAGAAGUUGUUUUUAGAUGGCAAUGUAUUUGAAGGGCCCAUUCCUACAUCUUUGAGUUCAUUGAGAGGUCUUGUGGAAUUGGACGUUUCUGACAAUAAUCUUUCAGGUGAGAUUCCAAAAUUUCUUGCGAGCAUAGUGUCAUUAAAGUAUUUAAAUCUCUCUUUCAAUGCUUUUGAGGGAGUGGUACCAAGUGAAGGAGUCUUUAAGAAUGCAAGUGCCACGUUUGUUGAAGGAAACAGUAAGCUUUGUGGAGGCAUCCCUGCAUUACAUUUACCAAGAUGCAACUUAAAAACAUCAUCAGACACUUCUUUUAGAAUAAAAAUUGAAAUUGGCGUUAUUUUAGGAGUGACUUUUGUAUUCGUUUUUGUCCUCUUCUUGUGGUUUAAAAAGAAGAAAGAUCAGCAGCGAACAACAAUUUUUGCCGAAAAUUCACUUUUACGGAUAACGUACCAAAGAAUCCUAAUGGCUACUGAUAGAUUCUCCACACAAAACUUGGUGGGUUCUGGAAGUUUCGGUUCUGUAUACAAAGGAAUUCUUGAAGAGAGUGGAGCAGUAAUUGCAGUAAAAGUGCUUAAUCUUUUGAAUAGUGGUGCAUCAAGGAGUUUCUUAGCUGAAUGUGAGGCCUUGAAGAACAUUCGACAUCGGAAUCUUGUCAAGUUAUUAACAGCCAUUUCAGGUGUUGAUCACCAAGGCAAUGAAUUUAAAGCGUUGGUUUAUGAGUUCAUGGCGAAUGGAAGCUUGGAGGACUGGCUGCAUCCAUUUGAUGACAUGAAUGGAUCAAAAGCAAUGAGAAACUUGAGCUUCGUCCAAAGAAUUAACGUGGCAAUAGAUGUUGCUCAUGCACUUGAAUAUUUGCACCAUGGUUGUGAGGUACCAAUCAUUCAUUGUGACCUCAAGCCAAGCAAUAUUCUACUUGAUGAGAAAAUGGUUGGUCAUAUAAGUGAUUUCGGCUUAGCAAAAAUCCUUUCUGUAAACACGAUUAACUAUUCUACUAAUCAGUCAAGCUCCCUUGGAUUAAGAGGAACUAUUGGUUAUACUCCACCAGAAUAUGCGAUGGGAAGUGAGUUAUCAACAAAAGGUGAUGUGUAUAGUUAUGGCAUCCUCUUGCUAGAAAUGUUUACAAGGAAAAGGCCAACUGAUGAAAGUUUCAAAGAAAAUUUAAGUCUUCGUAACUUUGUUAAAGCAGCUUUGUCUGGACGAGUGAUUGAGAUUAUAGAUCCCAUUCUUCUUCAAGAGAGAGCUAAACAAGGAACAGUCACAAAUAUCACCUUCAACAAGAUCAAUCUUGGAAAUGACAUACAUUUUCAAUGUUUGAAUUCAAUAUUUGAAAUAGGGAUCAUCUGUUCUGCUGAUUCACCAAGUAAGAGGAUGGACAUGAUUGAUGUUGUUUCCAAGCUUUGUUCUAUUAGAUACAAGGUUCUUACCAAACGUUAUAUGAUGCUAAAUCCGCAGGUACCUAAGGUGCUGUAAUAUCAAUGGAACCGAGCGGCUUAUUUUAGGCAGAGUGCAACUACUCUCGUUUAUUCAUAGCGUAUUGUGUAUUUUCAGGACUACUGAUUUCUCCUAAGAAAACUUUAAGAAUAAUAUGUUAUAGUGUGUUUGUAAUUUCUAUUGAAAAAAACCACUUCCCUCUGUAAAUCCAUAAAUUAGAACUUUGUGCUGGUAAUUAAAUCUACUAUGGUCUUCUAUUGCAUAUUUGCAACUGUUGUAUAUUUUGCCUUUAUAUUUUAUUUCUUUAAUAAAUGACAAAAUUCGGAUCACAUAA